AUGGUAGGUCAACAAUAUUCAAGUGCUCCUUUACGUACAGUUAAAGAAGUCCAAUUCGGUCUUUUUUCACCAGAAGAAGUUCGUUCCAUUAGUGUAGCUAAGAUCAAAUUUCCAGAAACUAUGGAUGAAACACAGACAAGAGCUAAAAUUGGUGGUUUGAAUGACCCAAGAUUAGGUUCUAUUGAUCGUAAUCUUAAGUGUCAAACAUGUCAAGAAGGUAUGAAUGAAUGUCCCGGUCAUUUUGGUCAUAUCGAUUUAGCAAAGCCUGUGUUCCACAUUGGUUUCAUUUCUAAAAUUAAAAAAGUUUGUGAAUGUAUCUGUAUGCACUGUGGUAAACUACUGCUGGACGAAAAUAAUGAGCAAAUGAGACAAGUUAUGAGUAUUAAAGAUUCAAAAAAGAGAUUCAAUGCUAUUUGGACUCUUUGUAAAACAAAAACUGUCUGUGAAACUGAUGUUCCAUCUGAGGACGAUCCAACCCAAUUAAUUUCUAGAGGUGGUUGUGGUAACGCUCAACCUACUAUCAGAAAAGAUGGUUUAAAGUUGGUUGGUAGUUGGAAGAAGGAUAAAGCCACCAAUGAUGGUGAUGAACCAGAACAGAGAGUUUUAAAUACAGAAGAGAUUCUAAAUAUCUUUAAACAUAUCUCAGUCCAUGAUUCAAAUACUUUGGGUUUCAAUGAACAAUUUGCCCGUCCUGAUUGGAUGAUUUUAACCGUUUUACCUGUCCCACCACCACCAGUUCGUCCUUCCAUUUCUUUUAAUGAAUCUCAAAGAGGUGAAGAUGAUUUAACAUUUAAAUUAGCAGAUAUCUUGAAAGCAAAUAUUAGUUUAGAAACUUUAGAGCAUAAUGGUGCCCCUCAUCAUGCUAUCGAAGAAGCAGAAAGUUUAUUACAAUUUCACAUUGCUACAUAUAUGGAUAACGAUAUUGCAGGUCAACCUCAAGCUUUACAAAAAUCUGGUCGUCCAGUUAAAUCUAUCCGUGCGCGUUUAAAGGGUAAGGAAGGUCGUAUUAGAGGUAACUUAAUGGGUAAGCGUGUUGAUUUUUCUGCAAGAACUGUUAUUUCCGGUGACCCUAACUUAGAAUUAGAUCAAGUUGGUGUUCCAAAAUCUAUUGCUAAAACCUUAACAUAUCCCGAGGUUGUUACACCAUAUAAUAUCGACCGUUUGACACAAUUAGUACGUAACGGCCCUAACGAACAUCCUGGUGCCAAGUAUGUUAUCCGUGACAAUGGUGACCGUAUUGAUUUAAGAUAUAGUAAACGUGCUGGUGACAUUCAGCUACAGUAUGGUUGGAAGGUUGAACGUCAUAUUAUGGAUAACGAUCCUGUUCUGUUCAAUCGUCAACCAUCUUUACAUAAAAUGUCUAUGAUGGCUCACAGGGUCAAAGUUAUGCCAUAUUCUACUUUUAGGUUAAAUUUAUCUGUCACUUCGCCUUAUAAUGCAGAUUUCGAUGGUGAUGAAAUGAAUUUACAUGUUCCUCAAUCUGAGGAGACAAGAGCAGAGUUAUCACAAUUAUGUUCUGUUCCUUUACAAAUUGUUUCUCCACAAUCGAAUAAACCAUGUAUGGGUAUCGUCCAAGAUACUUUAUGUGGUAUUAGAAAAUUGACUUUAAGAGAUUGUUUUAUUGAAUUAGACCAAUUAUUAAACAUGUUAUAUUGGGUUCCGGACUGGGAUGGUAUUAUUCCAACCCCAGCUAUCAUAAAACCAGUACCUUUAUGGUCUGGUAAACAAAUCUUGUCUAUUGCCAUUCCAAAAGGUAUUCAUUUACAAAGAUUUGAUGAAGGUACAACUAUGUUAUCACCAAAAGAUAAUGGUAUGUUAAUUAUUGAUGGUCAAAUAAUCUUCGGUGUGGUAGACAAAAAAACAGUCGGAUCUUCUAACGGUGGUUUAAUCCAUGUUGUUACAAGAGAAAAGGGUCCUCAAAUCUGUGCCAAAAUGUUUGGUAAUAUUCAAAAAGUAGUCAACUUCUGGUUCUUACAUAACGGUUUCUCCACCGGUAUCGGUGAUACAAUUGCCGACGGUGGAACUAUGAAAGAGAUUACUGAAACUAUUGCUGAUGCUAAGAGAAAAGUGGAAGAAGUCACCAAAGAAGCCCAAGCAAACUUAUUAACAGCAAAGCAUGGUAUGACGUUACGUGAAUCCUUUGAAGAUAAUGUUGUUCGUUUCUUAAAUGAAGCGAGAGAUAAAGCUGGUCGUUUAGCUGAAGUUAAUUUAAAUGACUUAAAUAAUGUCAAACAAAUGGUAAGUGCUGGUUCAAAAGGUUCUUUCAUUAAUAUUGCACAAAUGUCCGCUUGUGUUGGACAACAAUCUGUUGAAGGUAAACGUAUUGCAUUUGGGUUCGUUGAUCGUACCUUGCCUCAUUUUUCUAAAGAUGAUUAUUCUCCAGAAUCUAAGGGUUUUGUAGAAAAUUCUUAUUUAAGAGGUUUAACUCCACAAGAAUUUUUCUUCCAUGCUAUGGGUGGUCGUGAAGGUUUAAUCGAUACUGCUGUUAAAACUGCAGAGACUGGUUAUAUUCAACGUCGUUUAGUGAAGGCUCUAGAGGAUAUUAUGGUUCAUUAUGAUAGCACCACUAGAAAUUCUCUUGGUAAUGUAAUUCAAUUUGUUUAUGGUGAGGAUGGUAUUGAUGCUGGUCAUAUCGAAAAGCAAUCUAUAGAUACAAUCGGUGGUUCGGAUGCAGCAUUCGAGAAGAGAUAUAGAAUCGAUUUAAUGAGUCCUAAUCACGCUCUAGAUCCGUCCUUACUGGAAUCUGGUCUAGAAAUAACUGGCGAUGUUAAACUACAAUCCAUUUUGGAUACAGAGUACAAACAAUUAGUUGACGAUCGUCGUUUCUUAAGAAAUGUGUUCAUCGAUGGUGAGCCAAACUGGCACUUACCAGUUAAUAUAAGGCGUAUCAUCCAAAAUGCUCAACAGACUUUCAGAAUCGAUCAUACAAAACCUUCUGAUUUAACUAUCAAUGAAGUAAUUCGUGAUGUUGCACGCUUGCAAGAAAAUUUAUUGGUUUUAAGAGGUAAAGGAAAAAUAAUAGAAGAAGCACAAAAUGAUGCUAUUACAUUAUUCUGCUGCUUAGUUCGUUCACGUUUAGCAGUACGUAGAGUGUUACAAGAAUAUAGACUAACAAAACAAGCCUUCCAAUGGGUUUUAAAUAAUAUCGAAUCUCAAUUCCUACGUUCAAUUGUUCACCCAGGUGAAAUGGUCGGUGUCUUAGCGGCGCAAUCUAUUGGUGAACCUGCCACACAAAUGACAUUAAACACUUUCCAUUUUGCUGGUGUGGCAUCAAAGAAAGUCACUUCAGGUGUUCCUCGUUUAAAGGAAAUUCUAAAUGUUGCCAAAAAUAUGAAAACACCAUCAUCUACUGUUUACUUAGAUCCAGAGUAUGCUACUGACCAAGAAAAGGCUAAGAUUAUUAGAUCAGCUAUCGAACAUACAACAUUAAAGAGUGUUACUGUUGCUUCUGAAAUUUAUUAUGAUCCUGAUCCUACCACCACGGUCAUUGCCGAAGAUGAAGAAAUUAUUCAAUUACAUUACUCUUUAAUGGAUUCAGAAACGGAAAAGAAUAUCGAUAACCAAUCGCCGUGGUUGUUACGUCUAGAACUAGAUCGUGCUGCUAUGAACGAUAAAGAUUUAACUAUGGUACAAGUUGGUGAAAAGAUCAAAGAAACAUUUAGAAAUGAUUUAUCUGUCAUCUGGUCCGAAGAUAAUGCUGAUAAGUUAAUCAUUCGUUGUCGUGUUGUUCGUCCAAAGUCAUUAGAUGCCGAGACCGAAGCAGAAGAAGAUCAUAUGUUAAAGAAGAUUGAAAAUACCAUGUUAGAAAGUAUUACUUUACGUGGUGUGGAAGAUAUUGAGCGUGUGGUUAUGAUGAAAUAUGAUAGAAAGAUGCCAAGUGAAACUGGUGAAUACCAGAAGGUUCCAGAAUGGGUUCUAGAAACCGAUGGUGUUAAUUUAAUGGAAGUUAUGACAGUUCCAGGUGUGGAUGGUUCAAGAAUAUAUACAAACUCUUUCAUUGACAUUACUGAAGUUUUGGGUAUUGAAGCUGGUCGUGCUGCAUUAUACAGAGAAGUCUAUAACGUCAUCGCAUCCGAUGGUUCUUAUGUUAAUUAUCGUCAUAUGGCUUUGUUAGUUGAUGUAAUGACCACCCAAGGUGGUUUAACAUCAGUCACUCGUCAUGGUUUCAAUAGAUCUAACACGGGCGCUUUAAUGAGAUGUUCUUUUGAAGAAACCGUGGAAAUUUUAUUUGAAGCCGGUGCUUCUGCAGAAUUAGAUGACUGUCGUGGUGUGUCUGAAAAUGUUAUUUUGGGUCAAAUGGCUCCAAUUGGUACGGGUGCAUUUGAUGUCAUGAUUGAUGAGGAAUCACUAGUUAAGUACAUGCCAGAACAAAAAGUUACUGAAAUUGAGGAAGGUCAAGAAGGUGGUGCUACUCCAUACUCGAGCGAAUCUGGUUUAAUUAACGCCGACAUUGACAUCAAGGACGACUUAAUGUUCUCACCGUUAGUUGACUCCGGUUUAUCCGAUUCUAUGAACGGAGGCUUUACAGCAUAUGGAGGUGCUGAUUAUGGUGGAGCUACUUCACCAUUCAGUGCCUACAGAGAAUCCCCAUCUUCCCCUGGUUUUGGUGGUGUAUCUUCUCCAGGAUUUUCUCCAACUUCACCUGGUUACUCACCAACUUCGCCAAGUUAUUCCCCAACUUCGCCAAGUUACUCCCCAACUUCUCCAUCAUAUUCUCCAACGUCACCAAGUUACUCCCCAACUUCUCCAUCAUAUUCUCCAACUUCGCCAAGUUACUCUCCAACUUCACCAAGUUAUUCCCCAACUUCACCAAGUUACUCUCCAACUUCGCCAAGUUACUCUCCAACUUCACCAAGUUACUCUCCAACUUCACCAAGUUACUCUCCAACAUCACCAUCAUAUUCUCCAACUUCGCCAAGUUACUCUCCAACUUCACCAAGUUAUUCCCCAACUUCACCAAGUUACUCUCCAACUUCACCAAGUUACUCUCCAACUUCACCAUCAUAUUCUCCAACUUCGCCAAGUUACUCCCCAACAUCACCAUCAUAUUCUCCAACUUCGCCAAGUUACUCCCCAACAUCACCAAGCUAUAAUCCUGGUAAUCCUUCUUACUCUCCAAGCUCUCCAAAGAAGGAUGAAGAAGAAAAAGAAGAUAAUUAA